GCGAGGUGAUAAAGUGUUGGUUGGGAGGAGAUGGAUAACUGAGCUGUUUGGCUUAGAGCUGCAGACUGCAGAGAUCAGGAAUGAGAAAAUCAGGAAUUACAACAACACUGCUCAAACCACCUACUUCAACCUCUCAUCUUGUGUCCUGUUGUGUGUUGUUGUUACUGGUUCUGCAAUUUGCCAGCAUCCCUCCCACAUGAAGCAACAUGGGGGUCACCGUUUGUUUGAGUUUUUUGGAGGGUUGUGGCUGCUGACUCUUCUACAUUCCCUGCAAUGGAGACCAAGACCUAGUCAUGAGACACAGCACCUUACCCUACACCAGAGACAUGUCCAUGUGUUGGUUUAUCACAGUAAUUCAGUAAAACCACAUGUGAUUUACAAGGGACUGAAGUAAAAGCUGACAGUCUGGACACUGCAGUAUGUCAGGCCUUGCUUGGAGUUCAAACGUGCGCAUGUCUGUUCUCAGCCACCAUGACUGACAGGAAGGCGGUGAUAAAGAACGCAGACAUGUCAGAGGACAUGCAACAGGACGCGGUGGACUGUGCUACCCAGGCCAUGGAGAAGUACAACAUUGAGAAAGACAUUGCUGCCUACAUCAAAAAGGAGUUUGAUAAGAAGUACAACCCAACAUGGCAUUGCAUUGUGGGAAGGAACUUCGGCAGCUAUGUGACUCACGAGACCAAGCACUUCAUCUACUUCUACCUGGGCCAAGUAGCCAUCCUGCUCUUCAAGUCUGGCUGAGCCCCCCCCCCCCCCCCACCCCAGAUAACCUAACCUACCCCCCCCCCCCCUCUUACCUUAUUUACCCCUUAUUGUGACUCCUCUGAACCACAUUACCACCGACAGUGAAAGGGGCUCCGCUCUUCAACUGGACUGUGAUACACAGAUGGCUGAGGCCAUUCUUACUUACUCGCUCACACACGUGUAUACACAUACACACACACACACACACACACAAUACACAAACAAACGCCUUGCCCCCAACAAUUGCAUCCACACACUUGCUCAAACACAGACUAACUCAUACUCUACAAACGUUCUAGAUUAUUCUUAAGACCUGGCUGUGCACUGAUGCAUGGACCGUGUACAUUACUUCAUGUGUAUAUGUUGCAGUAUGAUAAACAUGCUUGUCAUGGAGUUGCCUAAGAUGACUCAGCAACAGGAUAUUUUUGUUUAUGAUGCUUUUUUUAUUUUCUGUUUGAUUUAUUGUUAUUAAAGAUGUUGUACAAAAUG